CAUAAUAAUAGUAAUUUGACUAAACUCAGUAGUUUUUGGUAUAUGUAUUAACAUCACAUUUAACUUCACUGACAGAGAACUAAAACAUAAUAACCAUGUUGUUUAAUAUUUUAACCCCAAGAAAUACCGCAAGCAAAUAGCUGACUAUUUGUUUAAUAAUGAACCAUGUGUUAAUUGCAGUAAGAACAGGUGGAUUCAGAAAAACAAAACUAGCCAGACACUCCUCCGCAGCUCUGUCGACAAUUGCCUGGGUGACUAGAUUUAGCUCACUCUCUAUGAUUGAACGUCUGACAUGUCAUGUCAUGUCAUGUGCUAUGGUGCAGCUGUCGACGAAGACUAUGAGGGCCAGAGCUUGUAUUAGAAUUAAAAGUGACUAUAGAACCGUGGUCCUUUUUCUGGUUGUGGCUGUCUUAAUCCUUGUGCUACGUAAUAAGACUCCCUGCCAGUUUCAGCAUGAAGUGAACUCCACCAUCAUCGUCCCGAGAGUUUCCACUGACCCUGAAGCGCAUCGAGGAUUCUGUACCCUCCAGCCACUGUCCGCUAACGACGCUCUCGAAGAACACCUCCUACUAGACUCCAUUGCUUGGCCUGAAAUUCCACUCUUGCCAGCUCUUCUUUCCCUGGAGAAUACAAGUGACCCAGCUCACAGCACCUUCACCAUUCUCCCAGGGAGGGGAGGAGGACAGUGGCACGUAGGGGAUCAGCUGGAGGUUAUAAUCAAAAUGUCUGAUUUCCAGGGCCGUCCUAAGACGUCUGGGGGAGACUUUUUACUCGUCCGGCUGCACAGCCAGAAGCUAGGUGCAGGCGUGGCUGGACAAGUGGUGGAUCAUCUGAAUGGCAGCUACUCUGCUGUAUUCUCUUUACUCUGGGAAGGAGACGCGCAGGUUGAGGUGACACUGGUUCACUCCAGCGAGGCUGUUGCAGUGCUGAACAGGCUGACCAGCGAACAGCCUGACAGGAUUUACUUUGCGAGCCUCUUCCGCUCAGGCUCAAUCUCUGAAACUACCAUCUGUAACACUUGCCUACGUCCAACCCAGCAGCCACAGUGCAACUACACUGACCUCCGUACAGGCGAGCCUUGGUUCUGCUACAAGCCAAAUAAGCUGAGCUGUGAUGCCAGGAUCGACCACGCCAAGGGAGGAUACAUACAAAACAUCACGGACAUCGAGAAGAAGCUCUUUCAAAGUGGUGUCAACAUGAAAGUGUACAUUCGUGCUUCAGGACCUGCCAAAGUCACCGUAUUGCCAAAAAAGACAGGUCAUUCAGAGAUGAAGUGCAACAGUGUGAAGUGUGGACCCUCUGGCUAUUACUACCAGGGUGCGUGGCGAGCACUAGGUGGCACCACAGUUCAACAAUUUAACAUCUCUGCCAUCAGUCAGUGUCUGAAACGCAAAGUGGUCCACAUGUAUGGGGACUCCACCAUCAGGCAGUGGUUUGAAUACCUCAAUGCAGCACUACCAGAUCUUAAGGAGUUUGACCUGCACAGCUCGAGGCAAGGUGGACCUCUCAUGGCCUUAGACAAUGCAAACAACAUCUUGGUGAAGUUUCGCUGCCACGCUCCUCCUAUCCGUUUUGCCAACAUCCCAACCAGCGAGCUUCGCUACAUUGCUAAUGAAAUAGAUGGCAUACCUGGGGGUUACAACACUGUUGUAGUUUUCGGCAUCUGGUCUCAUUUUAGCACUUUCCCCGUAGAGGUCUACAUCCGGCGGCUGCAGAGCAUCCGCAGGGCAGUGAAACAGCUGCUGGAAAGGGCUCCGGGCACGGUGGUCAUCAUCCGGACCGCAAACCCCAAAGCUUUGACGCUUUAUGAGACGAUAACCAACAGCGACUGGUACUCACUGCAGCGUGAUAAGGUGCUCAGAACCAUGUUCAAAGAACUAAAUGUUCAUAUAAUCGAUGCCUGGGAGAUGGUCCUUGCCCACCACCUGCCACACAGCCUCCACCCACAACCUCCCAUUAUUAAGGCUAUGAUUGACCUUAUCAUGUCCUACAUGUGUCCUCAAAAGGGUGGCUAGAUGUGUGUUUGUUGCAGCUCCAAGCCAUAUCCGGGUAGGGCAUUACAAAUAAUCACUGCUGAAUGAUCACAACUAAUACAACCUCAUUACAUCCCCCGUGUGUUGGGAUUGUCAAGCAGCACUUUAGGAUAUGCAGAAAAUGGGAAUGGUCUGGGGUUCAAAUCCUGGACGAGCCCUUCAGAUUUGAGUAAAACUUAAAGGGAGGGGAGAGAAAAACCACAGCUGCAGUAUCAAGUGGACAUGAUAUUAAGUCACAAUUAGUAUCUGGAUGUCUCCUCUGGAUCAGCAGCAUGUCAUCUCACCCUGUUGCCGCGACUUGUUGAAAGCAUUCUGCCAGAAGUGUGAUCACAUCUUACUCUGCUGAUAUUCCCUAAAAGUUGUCUGAGGAGCUGUAUUAGGCUACGUACUUUGUACUAACUUUCUCCAAAUUGCAAUAGUAUUAUACUGCACGUCUAACUCUGAAUAUAAGUAUUACGCCACUGAUCAUUUCAGAGUGAUCAACACUACCCUAUGAUACUAGAUCUCAUCAGCCUUAGACUCUGCCAUGUGUAUUUUAGACUUUGGGAAAAUAUGCAAAUUUAGUUAAAAAUUAUCUAUUGAUCAUAAUGACCAAUUUACAUAAUUCAUUUAUGGUUGAAGUAAUUUUUCAAGUAACGCUUGAAAAAUGUUUCUUGUUCCAGUUUCUUCAGUGAAAGGGCUUUCUCCUUGCACAUGUAUGGAGAUGAUGAUAUAUGUGUUGUAUCUCAGGAAAAGUAUUUACAACAAAUGAAUUAGCGGUGGCAGUGGCCUGUGGCAGGCCCGGUGCUGAGCCAGAGACCCAGCACCGGGCCCGCCACAGGCCACAGCACGCCAGGAAGACUUGGCAAGAGACAGGCGGGGCAGGGCAGUGCCCCCCCCACCCCCUGUGUUAGUUCAUUUUGAUGUUAGUGUUUCAACUUUGGGAUGUCUUGCUUUGAGUCGAAGAUUGAACCCUGCGGUAGUCGCCCCAUUCUGUAUCUGGACCUCUCCCAGACCCAACUGGGAGGGAGUUUGUCUGCCGAGGAGUGGCAUUUAAUUUAGUUUUCUGAUUGUUCUUUGUUUUGGGAUUUUUAUUGUUUAUUUUACAUUUAUUUAUAUAAGGGGAGAGGGGGGGAGUUGGUUCUAUUAAACUUGUGUAAAAUAUGAGUCAGAGCCACUUGAUAUUCCAGCUGGGGUUUUUCUCUCCACUACCUUUUAGUUUUACUCAUCAUCUUCAUUUUCUUUUUCUGUGCCCUUUUAUGAUAUCAUUGUCAAAAUCUGAGGGCUCGUCCAGGAUUUGAAACCCAGACCUCUCGCACCCUAAGUGAGAAUCAUACCCCUUAACCAACGAGCCUACACGUUUAAAAAUACGUAAUUGUACAAAUGUCGGACCAGAAAUCAGGUGCUUCAAACUGCUGAUGUGGCAGCGUGGGGCUCCACGUUAUCUAGUCCAACAGCUCCCUCUGCUGGUCACCAUUAUAUGUUCAUCUCACUGUAGAUGACAUGCAAAACUGUAUGACAUGGUAAUCAGUGGUUGGUUAGUGAUCAGGGCCACGUUCAGCCCCGACAAAAAGUGGCAACAAGGUUUUUUAAACUGAAACGGGGGUGGGUUUGACACCCUGUUGUGUGUGCAGGCGCUCUGCCUUUUUACUGUAUUACCACGGGUUUACAGACACGUCUCUGCUCAUUGGGUAUCACCUGUGACACACCCACCAAACGAGAGACACACCCACCAAACGAGAGAAAACAUAAAGCUGUUAAACCAUGUCGUUCAACACAGAAACUGUAGCCAAACGGUGCACAGAGAUUGAGAUUGAACUGGGAGCGAAUCACACAAAUUACAGUUCACACAUGUAAGGUGUGUGUGUGUGUGUGUGUGUGUGUGUGUGUGUGUGUGUGUGUGUGUGUGUGUGUGUGUGU